AUGGAGCAACCCUCCCAGAUGAGCGUCAGCGCUCCGCCUGCGCCUUCCAUUAAACGACCUGCAGCACCGAAGCUGACGUAUGAGGAGGUGCGGCGAGCGGCACGGUUGUCCGUUCUUGAGGAUUUCACCAGUCAACGGGAUCAUCGCCAACGUGUCGCCAGAGCAAGCGCUUUGGGAACUGAUGUACAUGUGAUUCCUGCUGCUGCGGGGGGCCCGCUUUCGAAAGAGGGGUCCACGCGGCUACUAAAGGAGCACACAAGCGCCUCAUGGAGCGUUUACUUGUAUCAGUGGAGUAUUUUUGGUCUAACCGGUGUUUCCUCCAUAUCUACUGCAAUGGGAUUCUACCUCACCAUUUACCACAAUCGCAUGUUCCUUCCGGUGGGACCGAUGAUGGCUGUUGUGACAUGGCGGCUUUGGAGCUCUUUGGAGUCAGCGUGGGAGGAGCAGCGGUUCAUUGAUAAUGCCGCGAGCAUACGCGAAUCGCGUAAAGGCAAUCCAAUGAAUUUAGUCGUUAAACGUGUAGUUGUAAACGAUGAGGAAGCCGAGGAACCUGCGGAGGGCAUGGUUUAG